UGCACCGCGUUUCUCUCGUCCCUUCCCGUCACAAAGAGCUUUUCCAAAACAACCCAGUAUAGUAAUGGCUUCCACUCGCCAAGUUCCGUGUUCCGAGUCUCGUUUCCCGCAAGUUUCGCCGACAAUGUCCGCCUCCCGCCGAUAGCUUUCGCGACAAACCAUCGGCUGAUAUUCCCAGUAACCUUUGACCUGUGUUGUGUGCAUUUUGCCAGCGCCCAGGGGAUAUGCAACCUGCAAUGUGCGACGAGCCAAUGCGACAGUCUGUCACGAGAGCCCCCUUACAUUUCGACUUGAGUACGAGUAUGCCCUGAGGGAGAGCAUCAAUUAAAAGCAAAUAAUGGACGAGGACCUGGACAGUGAGCCGGUGGCGCGGGUCAACUUAACAGCUUUCGGGAAUUGGACUGAGUUCAAUUCGGAAGACCUCGAGGAGAUUGGUUUGACUGAUUUACAGACCGUGAUCUUAGCAUGUUUAGCAACUUUAAUACCUCUGACAAUAGCUUUAAUUACGGCCCUCAUAGCCAGGUGCUUCUGGAAACGGUAUCUGAAAAGAAAAGCAAUCAGGUGCCAAGGAAGUUUACACAGGAUAGAAAGCUCAGAUCCCCGGCACACUCUUCAGAGCUCAUGUGAUGAGAUGAAAACCAGUGAAUCUCAGUUUUCCGUGAUUCCACCGGAGGAGAUUGCAGAGGUCAUGUCUUGUUACAGUAAUGGCAUGGCUUUAAAUCCAAAAAGCGCAUCAAACGGUAGCAUUAUUACCCUGACCAUGAGAAACAAUCAUCUAAUCGUCGAGAAGGAGGAACGGAUGCCGGGGAUGGCGCCUCUACCGAGCAAGUGCUUCAUGAGCCAGGGCGACACGACAAUCUACACGGUGGACGCCGACGACGACAACCUGAGCGACUACGGGAACACGAGCGUGAGUCGGACGACGUCGCGGGACUUCCUCAUCCACACGCAGCAGCAGCCGGAGGAGCGACACCCGAGCGGGAACGGGGCUCCCCGGUCCGGCUACAGCGUCGUGCCCGAGGAGUACCUCCCCUUCCGCAAGGCCUGGACCGAGCCCGAGUCCGAGGACGAGGGCCCCUUCGUCGUCGAGGAGCCCAAGACCCAGCUCCCCAAGAUCGAGGAGGAGUUCGACGAGGGCGCCGAGCGGAGGAAGCUCGACCAGCUCCAAAGGGAGAAGCAGGACAUCCAGGAGCAGAUCAAGAAGUACCAGGAGAUCCUCCAGGAGGCCGCCGCCGCCGCCUCCACCACCGUACUUCCGGCUCCGCAGCGGCUCAACGGCUCCCUCGACGAUUUCAACGGUGAACGGUCGGGGAGUGACGAUAUCCUGGAGGACUCGGAAGGGGAGUUCGUGGUGGACGACUACGACGACGAGGACGUGGAGAGCGAGGAGAAGGAGAGGCGGCAGGAGGACGAGAGGUGGGAGGCGGCCAGCAAGAUCCUCAUCAUGAACAGUGAGCACCUCCACGACAUCACUCUCGAGAAGCCGGGCGUGGGACCCGCGCCCGUGAGCGAGAAGGGCGAGAGGACGGACGCGGAGGACGACUGGUCGACCGGGUUCUCCGAGGAGGAGGACGACGACCAGGACUUCCAGUUCCCGAGGGACGCCAGGGACUUCUACCGCAUCGAGAACCGCAAGUACGACAACCUGGCUCAGAUGCAGAUCAGCCAGGAAGAGGUCCCUGUCCCUGCCUCCACUCCGGCGGAUGUCGCCGCCCGUCCCAAGGGUCGUCCCGAGCACACACAAGAUAUCGUCGUGUCCAACGCUCCCGACAGGUGCUCGCCGUACGAGAACGUGACGAACAUAGACGACUACGAUUUCUCGGAGGACGACGAUGAUGACGACGACGACGAUAAGAGUAAUCAAGAGAAUGCCAGCGUGACGACGGAGAUCAACGUAGGGCAAAGUCUGGUCGAGAAGAGCGGCGACUCGGACGAUGAGAAGGAGAAGUCGAAAAGCUCGUCGUCCUCGCGGGGGAGCUACCAGAACGACUACAGCUACGGCAACCAAUCGGAAUACACCAUCGACAUGAGUCCCAGCUACUGUAAGCAAUUGGUCAAGGAGCUCCUGCCGGAGCCUCCGUCCCCCUUCCAGAACCCCCUGAAAGGGGCACCGCGGGUCGAGGACAAAACUGAACUUUACUGCAUUGAAAAGCAGCAUCAGAUGGGCAAAGGCUUCAAGUCCGAACUUUCCUUGCCCGGUGAUGAAACCUUCCUGUCCAGAACUAUUAUCUCCAAUAACUUAAGCGAUAGCAGAGACCUAAACUAGUCGGUCCGCUCAACCCAAACUUUAUCUUUUUUCCUCAAUUUUUUAAAGAAAAAAAGCGAUUGGUUAUUUUUAUACGAUGCAUUUUCUAGCUGAGAGGAUGAGAUGUAAAUGUUUGUACCAUAUUUGUACAGAUGCGAUGAGUAUUUUUACUUUCAUUUUUACGGUUGUUACAGUUCGUAAGUCCAUUAGGCCCUUUGAAGACAAUCGUCUUCGUUCACUAAAGAGCGUGCGGUAUAUAUUUAUUGUAGAAGGAGCGUACAUAUUACCUAGUCAUUAAAUGGUAGUUCUGCCCAGACUUGUGGAAGGAAAACGGGUUUUCAUGAAAUACCUAUCUCGUUUUAGGUACUUUAUCUUUUCAGCGAUUCAUUGCAGUAGGGACAUGCGAUUUUUGCGCGGCUGUGAAUAGUCCAAACAUCGCCUAUAGGUGUGUGAUUAGCAUCGGAUUGUAAAUUGGAUACGCAAUUACGGAUCGACAGGUGCAGGGAGGGAAGGCCAUCACUGUGAUAGUUGGGAUUCUUUGAGUUCAGAAAACAUCCGGGGUUAGCAAAGAGAGAAUUCAUGACUUCAUCAUUAAGAGCACAUCACUGGAAAAAAAAACAUUGGAUCUAGAGUCCAGGCUCUUGAAAACAUUGACAAGAAAAAAUACUAUUGAU